AUUGCAAUUGGAAAGCACCCAAAGAUAGAAUGAUGGUUGUGUCGACUUGUGUCUCUUGUUGGAAAGCAACCAAGAUGAUCUUAAAUAUAAAAUCGGACUAUGAAUACCAGCCCUUGUCUGUAGUCUGAUAAUGCAAGGCUUGAAGCCUGCAACUAAAAAGAGAGAGAGAAAAAGUGAGUGAGUUUUGUUAGGUUAUAUUAGUAUGUUAUAUCAAGAAAUUAUGAACUUAAUUAAACGUAGCUACAAGUCUGCUGUGACAUUCUGAUUAAAUACCAAUAUAUUAGUAUAUUGCUAAUAUUUUACUUAUUCGAAUUAUUUUGCUGGAGAAAACAAAUAGUUGAUAAAUAGAAAAAAAUUGAAUAUAUAUAUAUAUAUAUGUAUAUAUAUAUGUUUAUAUAUAUACAUACAUACAAAAUAUAAUUACAUACUACAAAAUAUUAUUACUUAUAUCUGUAUAUAUUAAAUUAUGGAUCAAUAUUUUAAAAGUUAUGAAGAACUUGACAUUCACCAAUUAAUGCUAGAUGACAAGAUACGUGUCUUAGCAUAUAAAACUGCUAUUUUUAAUUCAAAAGAUAAAUUUCAAGGCAAAACAGUAAUGGAUGUUGGUGCCGGUACAGGUAUAUUGUCAAUUUUUAGUGCUCAAGCUGGUGCAAAAAAGGUUUAUGCAGUAGAAGCAAGUAUACUAGCAAAGACUAUUGAGCAUGUAUUAAUAGAAAAUAAUGUACAGAACAAAAUUGAAGUAAUUCACAGUAAAGUAGAGGAUAUCCAUCCAGAUAGUUUGGAGAAAGUUGAUAUAAUUAUCUCAGAAUGGAUGGGUUUUUAUUUAGUACAUGAAGGAAUGUUAGAUUCUUUGCUCUAUGCAAGAGAUAAUUUUUUACGGGAGAAUGGUUUAUUAUUCCCAUCCAUAGCAAAAUUGUAUGCUUCACCAUGUCAAUUACGAAUCAUGUACGAAUUUUGGGACAAUGUACAUGGAGUCAGUAUGAGGUUCAUUGGAAAGCAAUACAGAGAAAUUAAAUCCAUGAAGCCAGAAAUACUGUAUUUAAAUCAAGAUGAUCUUUUAACUGAAGGUAAAUUGCUGGCUUGGCUAGAUUUAAAAUGCAUUUCUGUGGAAGAUCUAAAUCUACUGGGUGGAGAGGACUAUGUAUCAGUAUGUGACAAAAAUGGAAAAUAUCAAGGAAUAUGCAUUUGGUUUACAGUUGAAUUUCCAGAUGGCUCAGAAAUGUCUACAGGACCUUGCGUUGAACCAACACAUUGGAAACAAACCAUAAUUGUUUUACCUACAGAUAUUAAAGUAAUAAAACAUGAACCUAUUGCUUAUAGAUUGUCCUUAAAAAGAGAUACAUUGUGUCCAAGACAUUAUAAUAUAGAAGUAAAUUUGUUAGAUGCAGAAGAAGUGGAACAUGAUGUUCCAUGUAAUUGUCACAUGACGAAAUGCAUAGUAACAAGGACGUAUGUUACAGAUUAUGCAAAUAAUAAGACUGUGGCACCAGCUAAAUCAUAUAAAAUAGAAAAUAAUAAUUUUUAGAGUUUUAAGCUGUACUAUAUAAAAUAAAUUUUUAUAUUAUAUAAGAUAAAUUUCUCCUCUUUAUUUUUUACAUAUUUAUAUAAUACAGGGUU